AUGUCUAUUCAAAGUGAGUCUUAUUCUGAGCUAUCAUCCAAAUGCGAAUCGCAUUCACCCACUUACAUUUCAGCUCGAACUCAGGUCAUUCGAAUCGAAGUUAUUGACGUCGACGAGCCUCCAGCAUUUCAAAAUGAACCGAAACCGUAUUUGGCCGUUGUACCAUACGAUCGUCCAAUUGGCAUGCACGUUUUUAAGGUUUGUUUUUUUCCAUGA